ACCUCCGAAGGCUCCCGACUCAACAUGCAUUCAGCAUUGUCUAACUAUCCCAACGAUCCGGCCCACGCCGACUCUACAACCUCCUCUACAACUCAAACUACGCUGCCAAAUCCUCCAACUCAGGAAAACUCUGGUGCUGCAGACAGGGGACACUCCUCAGACCACGACGACGACGCGGGAAAGAAGAAAAAAGCUGCCAAACGUCGAAAAGUCAACCAUGCAUGCUUAUACUGUCGGCGGAGCCAUAUGACUUGUGAUGAGGGUCGUCCUUGUCAGCGAUGACGUAACUGACACGUUCUGGUCAGCAUCAAGCGUGAGAUAGGACACCUCUGUCAUGAUGAACGGAGACCUUCGGCUAAGGACAAAGAGAAGACUCCUUCUACAUCUCCAGGUACUGCAGUCGCUUCUACCUCGCAGACACCGCAAGCUAGUCAACCCGCCGACGUGGCGAAGGGACUACCUGCUACAGUAGCUCCACAACCAUUUGGGACACCGCCCAUGACCUCCAGUAUGAAUACUGGAUGGCCGAGCAUGAACCUUACCCCUCAGAACGCAUUUCUUUACCAACCUGAAACCUUAGGAAACGAGUUCUCAGUACUCUCUGACUUUCUAGAAUCGCUGGACGAAGGCUCGUUCUUCAGCCAAGCCGCCGUAGCGCCUUCGCUGAUGUCAACCUCGCCUUACGCAAAUCCCAUGAACAUGGCCGUCGAUAAUCACUCCUAUCUACCGGACACUACACAAACACAGCCCUCCAACGAACCUGCCCCACCGGCGCCCGAGAAACCGUCGGAAGAGCCGCCGCCCGUCGUCCUUCCCGCAGCUACUAAAACGGAGCGAUUUUUCCUCACGGCGGCAGAUCAGGCAUCUGGGACGCGUAAUGAACGGCUGAACAUGGUUAUUCGAAGUAAAUAUGAGGCUGGCCUCCUGAAACCGUACAAUUAUGUGAAGGGUUACGCCCGCCUAUCGCGUUGGAUGGAUAAGAACGUUUCUCAAGAAUCAAAACAGAAGAUUCUGCAGCCUUUGUCGGUGCUACGGCCAAAAUUCAGGUCAAUAGCGCAGUCCGAGUCGUUAACCGAUAUAGAUUUGGUCUUUAUCGAAGAAGCAUUUGAACGUCUUCUUCUUGACUAUGACCGGGUUUUCUCCGCUAUGGCGAUACCAGCCUGUCUAUGGCGACGUACUGGCGAAAUCUACAAGGCGAAUCGCGAAUUUGCCGAGCUCGUUGGCGUAGAUGGAUAUAUGCUCCGAGAUGGUCGGUUGUGUAUAUACGAACUUAUGGCCGAAGACUCUGCCGUUAACUACUGGGAGAAAUACGGUCACGUCGCCUUUGACUCCAAUCAAAAGGCUGUCCUCACCUCCUGUGUCCUCCGAUAUAAACCCGUACUUCCAACUUCCGGAGCCGCAACGCCAGCUAACGCUCUUGGGAAGGGAGGAGAGACGAAACCGGAGGAGAGGUUCAUAAGUUGUUGUUUUUCUUUUACUAUUCGUAGAGAUCCUUAUGGGAUCCCGACGUUAAUCGUUGGGAAUUUCAUCAAGUGUUGAUCAUCAUAGACUUAUAGAUACAUUGACAGUCGUAAUAAGUUUCUUUCGUACUGUAUUCUUAUUGCUAGGUGGUACGCCGCCGCAAACUAGACUUUUUUGUUUUCGUACAAAUGACUUGGGAGUGUUGCCAUACCUCUCGACCGGCCAGUUGGAUUCUCUACCACAAGGAAUUCGUCAAUGUCGUUCGUCUUCCCUUUUUCAAAGUCAUUGUUUUCAUAACCUCUUGAUAUAGAUGCGACCAGACGAGUGAAAUA